GUGUUGACACAUUUUUUAGUUCUACCUAAAUUUAAAACCGCUAUUUUUUUCUUUUACAUCCAAAGCGUCCUCUUCCACCUGCAAAUCGCCGUGCUGGCGAGUACCGGCGUAGGUGACUAUUCUCCUUCAACAGAUUAGGUCCGAGACGUUCAAUUAACGCUGUUGUCUUCAUUAUUUAUUUUACAUCCGCUACUCAUCGCUGACGUCAACGGUUGUGUGCUUAUACAUACACUCACAACUCCAUUAGCAAAUACACUGCAAAUACAUUCAAUAUACAUUCAAUGUGCCCUGACUAUUGAGACCGUCUUCACUUUCUUCUGUAUUCAACGCACGCUUUAACUGCUGAGCUCUGACUCGCCUCUUCGAUGACAUGAUUAGCCCGACUUUCAAAGUUCAGCAAGUGCAAACGGGCGUGUUCAUCUACCCACCGGACAAAGAUGGGGAUGAGACGCUGUCCGUGUCCGGCACCCAGCAGGUGACGCUGCACUGCGCGGGCGACCUCAGCUCCGAGCCCUUCCCCUUCGACACGGUGGUGCACGCCCCCUUCUACACCACCCUCUACGCGAUGUGCGUGGCGGACAACGUGCGGGCGCAGUUCGGUGCGGCGGUGCGGCGACCCGCCGCGGCCUGCACGAGUGCACCGCGCCGCUCCACGGUGCUGCACGGCGACCCCGCGUCCCACGUGGCGAAGGCGUUCUACCAGGUGGUGCGGCUGGCCGCGGAGGACGUGGUGCGGCUCUGCGGCGCGCAGCACGCGGGAAGCCCCUGCGAGUGCGUGUUCAACGCUGCGCGUGUGUACCCGUGGGGGGAGGAGGACCCGCUGGGCGAGGCGCUGCGCGUGGGCGCCGCGACGUCGCCGCUGUUGCAGCAGAAGACGACGGUGCCGCUGCAGACGCCGGCGCAGCAGCGGCUGUUCGCAACGGUGCUGAAGCAGCUGUGCAGCCUGCCGCCCGACGCCGAGCGCGGUGAGGCCUCUGCGUGCGUGCGUCAGGUGCGGCUGGCGGUGUACACGUGCGGCGGCGGCGACGCGGCGGUGGCGGGGCGUGUGCUGUGCGCGGAGCACCUCUUCUCGCUGGUGCCGUCCAUCUGCGACGUGUGCACGAGCUUCGGCACAACGAUGGAGGCGCUGUGCGAGGUGCUCGUGUGCCGCCGCGAGGGCAACCUGCUGGACAACCCGCUGCUGCCGGUGCUGCUGCCCGGUGUGGCGAUUGAGGGCCUCAGCGUGCUGACGUGCAUCUCUGCGAAGGGCCGCUACGCCAGCCGUCCGUGCAUCGACGCCUGUUGCUUCGGCUGUAACGGUGCUCCAUCGGCGAGAUCAAGCACUAUGCAUGCCGGGUCAACUGCAAAACACACCUUAUCACCUGACAAACCUUCUGUUGACCGGUCGAGAACACUUCUCACUCCUCCUUUCAUUAACCCGUUAACUUCCUCCUUCCAGAGGAUGACGGAGGAAUUGCUGACUUCUGUUGGCCCGCAGAAGGCACAACCCCCAAGUGCGGCCCCGCACACGUCCUCGCCGGCACAGACGCCACUACAGCGUGGCCCCGCCGGAUCCGUUACUUCCAACGGCACGUCCUCACCCUUCUGGCGUCGUAGGGUGGAAGAGUCGUUGUUCGUGCGUCUCCACGAGCCCCCUGAAGUCUCACCUGACUGCCGCACUCACGCUGCUCCCUCCACUACCCCCUCCCUCAUCUCUCAUUCAGCCAACACGCCCGACACCCCUCAGCCUAAAUCGGCUGAGCCCAUUCAACGACCGAUGGCAUCUGCAUCGCCGGUCUCUGAUGCAAUCACUGAAACGGCAGCAAGCAGCGUAGAGCAGCUGCAGAGAGCGCAGGAGCGGGUUGCCCGCCCAAAUGACGAGUCGCUGCUCGACCGUGUGACGGUGGCGGAGGGGCGGGCGGAGGCGGCGGUGCAGGCGGCACGAGAACGGGAGGUGGAGGCGCUCGAGCAGUUGAGGGCGAUGGAGGAGAAGAUGAGCGAGAUGCGCAGCGCCUACACAACGCAGGAGGCGUCACUGCUGAUACGGCAGCGGAUGUUGCAGCAGUCGUGCACGGAGUUGGAGACGCAGGAGCAGCGGCUGCUUGCGGCAGCGGAGGAGCGGCGGUGCGCGGCGGACGAGUUAGAGCGCGCGGCGCGCCAGCGGGCGGUUCUGGAACUGCGCUACGGAGACUGCGUGAGAGAGGCGUGUCGUGAGUACGCGUGCGCGGUGGCUGCAAAGAUUGCGGUGCUUGACGCCCACACGCACUCGCUGGCGGACGAGGCAUGCCUAGACGCGUGGUCGACACACCUUUCGCAGCUGCAGCGGCAGAGCAAAGAGGCGGAGGAACGACUGGAAGAGGUCGUGAAGCAGAGCGGCGCUGAGCUGCGCCGCGUUGUUGACCUGCACCGUGAGGAAGACGACCUGAAGCGAGCGGUCGACGCUCUGCGGAGCGACUGCGCACAAGUUCAGUGCAGCAUCCACCAGCUGGAGAGAGCGCGUGAGGAGCAGCAGCAACGGAUCGAUGCCGAGGUGCGUGAGGCUGCAGCAACGCAGGAGACUGCACUGAGGGACUACGACGAGAGCGUGGCAGUGCUGAGGCGUUUACGAACCGAUCAGCAGGGUUUGCGGAAGAGGCUCGAGGAGCUGGAUGCGGAUUGCCAGCAACAGCAGUCCAGGCGCGACGAGGCGAGGAAAGAACUUGCUGAUGUGAGAGCAGUCCUAGCCGAACUCCGCUCCGCACACGCCCGCGCAGAGAAAAAGAACCUCCGGAAAAUGGAGACAUUGAACGCUGAGGUCGACGAUACGACGCACAAGCUGGACGCGCUGCGCUCGCGCGCGGCGGACGAGGAGGAGCGUCUUCGCGCUGCGGCGGAGGAGUACGACGCGCACCGCGCCGCAGAGGCGCUCGAGGCCUUUGCGCGCGCGCAGGCGGAGGAGCACGACUGCGUCGCGCGCGCGGAGCAGGAUGCCCGGGACGCGGUGUGCGCGGAGCAGGCCGCUGCGCUGCAGCAAGCGGUGGCGGACCUCGCUGCGCGCAUGGCGGACACCGCCGGGCAGGUCGCCGCGGACGCGACGGCGCAGCAGCGCGCACUGCAGGCGGAGCUGGAGCGUCUGCGGGGCGAGCGCGAGGCCGUGGCGGACGAGCUGGCGGCGUUGACGUCGCAGCAGGCACAUUUGAAGGACGGUGAAGAGAAGUGUUCUUUUUUCAACGCAACUGGUAUUGUGGUGGAUGAGUUGCGGAAAACUGUUGAGGAACUUGCGGACGCGACGGACGAACUGGGAGAGGUGGAGGAUGCUUUAAUUGAGGAGACAGAGAGGGCACUUCUCACCUUCCGUCGUUGUGAUGGUGAAUUGACGUUGCGGGUAGAGCGGCUGCUGGAUCGAUGCGCGAGCUUCAUGGACGUGGAGAGCCGUAUCGUGUCGCGCGCAUCUUCCGCGUUUCCGUCUCCGUCGAUUCAUAGCCGUCGUACAGCGCCUAGAAGUAGCAACUAG